CAAGAUGCUAGGUCGCAGUUGUCAAAAUUAUUAAAAAUGUAAACAUAACCUAAAAUCACCUUUGUUGUUAGUUAUUUUUGUUAUUCUGUUUCUGACGAAAAUAUUAAUUGAAGUAACAUGAAAUGCAGUGUAAUUCAGGCAAGUCUGUUGUUGACAUUAACAAGCGCCGUACGGAACUAUUACAACUAAGUUCCUACAUACAAACAGUAGAUAAUGAUGCAACUAUGAUACUGCAGAGUUUGCAGUGGGAUCGUAAACACUUGAUCGAGGCUUCACCAUUGAUUUCUUGUAAACAUGACAGAAAUCACCGAGUUCCACCUGAUAAAAUGGAAGCCCAUGAAAAGGAAUGUUAUUUGCGAAGCCUGGGUUACUCCAAAGAAGACUUGUUGUUGCCUGAACCACUUGAUGCCAAUGCCAAGACUUUGGUCACACUAAGUAAAAAUGAUAUUCAAAAUAUUAUUGAAUAUGCAGCGAAAGUUGAUCCAACAUUCAAAAAAGGCGGAGGCAGCAAGGACCCCAGCGAGCCACUAAGCCUAGAGCGCCUGCAGCUUACCUACAGCGCGGAUGAGCGCCGCGCCUUCCACGACGCCGUGGUGAGCGCAGCACCCUCCUGCCAUGACUUGAGCGAGCUGGCGUUGCCCAGCGGAGACGGCGAAACUCGGAACACAAAGCCCAAGUCCCGCGCCGAGAUUAUAGCAGAGCUGCGCGAUAUGAAGCGGAGAAGAGCUAAGUACCGUGGAGCGGUUAAAACGCGCAACUAUUCCGAUGAGCUGCGCAGCGUCAUCGCCACACAGAUGGAACAUUACUCGGAAGCACUUGGUGCUGAAACCAAAAACAACUCUGAUAUCAACAAACCUAACACAGAAAGGCCAAAAGAUUUUAGAGAAAUACAAGUGAAGAAGGAACCUUUGGAAUCGGACGAAGCUUAUGCCACGGAGAAGGAAAAAAGACGAAUUUCUUCAAGAGAAUACGAUCGCCAUAGAGAAAAAAUCAGAGACGAAACGAGAGAGAAAUCCAAAGACAAUCAUCGUAGAGAGAAAUCUAGAGGUGAAACUCGAUAUAAAGAGAAUUACAGAAACGAACGUUUUACGGAAAGAAGAGACAAAUAUACAGAAAGGGGAAAAGUAUAUGAUGAUUAUAAGAGAGACAGAGAUGACAGAGAUAGGUAUUCAAGCUCUUCUAAAGAUAGAAGUGAAUAUAGAAAUAGCGAUAAGUUUAGAGAUUCAAAAAGAAACUGCAAAGAUUACAAGCCAUCGAGGAAUAGUGAACGAAGAUACAAAGAUAAAUAUGAUUCGCAUGAAAAGUAUAAAGGAGAGAAACACAACAGGUAUUAUGAUUAUAAGCAAGAAUAUGAUUUGGCCACAAAACGUAUAAAGCAAGAGAAGGACUGAAUAAAUUGUAUUGUGUAAGAUAU